UUUCAGAUUUCAUUACUAAACAUGGGUGCAUUUUGGAUAAACCCAAACUGAAACAACACAAUGCUCAUGGUGCUGGGAAUGGUUUGCGGUAUGGCCUGAGCAGCAUGCAAGGAUGGAGAGUGGAAAUGGAAGAUGCACACACAAGCUGUUGUGGGUAUUCCUCACGGCUUGGAAAACUGGUCAUUUUUUGCUGUUAUGAUGGUCAUGCUGGAUCCCGAGUGGGCAAAAUUACUGUUCAGCGCAUUUAUUGGAACACAUCACUACUAAUGAAGACUUCAGGGCAGCUGGCACACCAGGCUCUACUCUUGAACCUUCAGUGGAAAGCGUUAAGACUGGUAUCAGAACUGGCUUUUUGAAAAUUGAUGAAUAUAUGCGUAAUUUUUCAGACCUCAGAAAUGGGAUGGACAGGAGCGGUUCAACGGCAGUGGGCGUUUUGAUUUCACCUACACAUAUCUACUUUAUCAACUGUGGUGACUCUCGAGCUGUUCUGUGUAGAAAUGGAAGAAGUCUGCUUUUCUACCAGGAUCACAAACCUUGUAAAUCCAGUGGAAAAGGAACGAAUCCAAAAUGCAGGAGGCAGUGUAAUGAUACAGCGUGUGAAUGGUUCAUUAGCAGUGUCUCGUGCUCUGGGGGACUUUGACUACAAGUGUGUUGAUGGCAAGGGCCCAACAGAACAGCUUGUUUCUCCAGAGCCUGAGGUUUAUGAGAUACUAAGAGCAGAAGAGGAUGAAUUUGUCGUCCUGGCUUGUGAUGGGAUCUGGGAUGUGAUGAGUAAUGAGGAGCUCUGUGAAUUUGUUAAGUCUAGGCUUGAGGUCUCUGAUGACCUGGAGAGUGUGUGCAAUUGGGUAGUGGACACUUGUUUACAUAAGGGAAGUCGAGAUAACAUGAGUAUUGUAUUAGUUUGCUUUUCAAAUGCCCCCAAGGUCUCAGAUGAAGCAGUGAAGAGAGAUUCAGAGCUGAAUGAGCACUUGGAGUCACGGGUUGAAGAAAUUAUGGAGAAGUCUGGGGAGGAAGGAAUGCCUGAUCUUGCCCAUGUUAUGCGCAUUCUGUCUGCAGAAAACAUCCCAAAUUUACCUCCUGGAGGAGGACUUGCUGGCAAGCGCAAUGUUAUUGAAGCUGUUUAUAGUAGACUGAAUCCACACAGAGACAGUGAUGGGGCCUCCGAUGAAGCAGAGGAAAGUGGAUCACAGGGAAGAAUUGUUGGAAGCUCUCAGGCAAUGAAGAUUAAUCAGGGAAACUACCGACAACCUGAGGAGAUGCUGACUAGUUACAGGCUAGCUAAAGUAGAGGGAGAAGAAGGCCCGGCUGCCUGACCGGCUGCUGCCAGCUGCCGCUUCGAACAGUGACGCUGAAAACCAGUGGCCAUGCAGGAAAGACUCACUGAAUCAGAAGUGGUCUUUGAAUUAGACAGCUGUAAUGAGAUUGCAGGGACAAAGAUGAGUGGUGAAAAAAAUAUGACCUUUUUUGGGUAAUAUUUUGUGAUCUUGAUUGAGUUUUUACUUAGGAAGUAUAACGUGUGCAUUUAUAUAACCAUUUUGUUAUUUGAAUGUUGGAAAAACUAGUUUUCUUAUAUUCCUAUAGCCUCUGUUUUUUUUAAAGGCCUUUGCAAACACCUUUAUGAUAGUUUAAAAUUGACUAUUUAUAGUAUUUUGAAUUUAAUGAAGUAUAUGUCAUUUUGCAUUGUAUGCCCUAAAUUAGAUUGCCACUAUAUGAAAGUCAGCAGUUUAAUUCUUAAUAACUAGGAUUAGAAAUUAUUGAUUGAAAUGACAACUAUACAUUGUAAAAAACUUGUUAAUGUAGAAUUACACCGCUUAUUUUAUAUAUCAUACAUGCGUAGUUAGCUUUGUAAUGCAUUUGUGUUUAAUUAUUAUUUUAGUUCUUGAAAAAAAAAUGGCUGGUGAUGGCCUAUAACUGUCUUUCAGAGUUGAUAAUCUAUGUGUUGUUUGAUUUGUUUAUAUUUUACAUCUCUGUAGUUUUAUUUUUAGAAGUUGUUGAUAUACUGGAUGUGUGGUUAUUUUUCCUUUCUCUGUAUUCUUUAUGAAACAUUUUUAAAAGAACUAUGUACUACUCAUAGCUUUCAUCUGUAUAUUCUGUAUAGCUUACUACUAUACAUAUAAAAAUGUAUGUCAACCAAGUGUUUAGAAUGAAAUUAUCAGUGUUAAGUCCAAAUAAAGCAUGUGAUGUGGAAUAAUCUA